CGUCGCCAACAAAAGGCAUCACCGCCCAAAAUUCAGAAAUCAUCUCCUUCUCUUCUUCCCUCACUGUCUCGCAUUCCAAUUUCGUUUCUCAAUCGCACAUCUAAACUCAACUCAAGAUACUGGGUUGGGUUUGGGCUAGGGUUAGGGUUUCUGUCAAGCAAGUGAUGCCAUGGGAAACAAGGCCAACAACGAGCUCAUAUCAACCGUGCGAUCAAUCGUCGGGUCCGACCGCUCUGAAAUGGAAAUAAUCAGAGCCCUGCACAUGGCUAAAUACGACGCUACCGCCGCCAUCAACAUAAUCUUGGACUCACCCCCUCCUUUGAAGCUCAAAGAGGAAUCACCCAAUUCCAUUGCUCGCAAACCAAGUCCUGUUAAGGUAUCGGUUAGCGACAGACCGAUUAAGAAAGAGAAUGUGGAGAAUGAUGGUGAUGAUGGUACUGGUGACUAUGGUAAGUAUAUUUGCACUGCUAGAUUUAUUGGUGAUGGUAAAUGUAUUGGGUCUGCUGGUUCUGAAAUACCUAGUAAGGCAGAGAAAUUGGAGGGUGAUUAUAGUUUGUCGAUGAAGACAGAGAAAGUUGACAAUGGUUGCAGUAGUGUUGGUAGUAGUGAACACAACAUUGCAAAGAAAACUAGGCUUGGGGGUGAUUGGUGGCUUGUGGAAUGCUGUGAUGUGGCUGGAUUCUCUACUAGUAAGGGGAGGAAGGUGAAACAAGGGGAUGAAGUUACUUUCACGUUUCCAGUGAAGGGUGCUGCUGGCUCGAGUAAAGCGUCACUGGCAAACAAGGGUUUUGGGAGGGGGAGGCAGGCAGCAGCGGCUUGUUCAGAGAUUGUGAGAUUCUCUACCAAGGAUGCUGGAGAGAUUGGUCGGAUACCAAAUGAGUGGGGUCGAUGUUUGCUGCCCCUUGUGAAGGAUAAUAAGGUUAAGAUUGAGGGCUGGUGUAAGUCUGUUCCUGAUGUGUUGGGUAUCAUGUCUACCAUUCAUUUAUCAGUAAGAGUUUAUAUCAAUAGCUCUAUGUUUCAUAAGCACCAUCAAGCCUCACUCAAGGCAGCCAGUGAUGCUACAGAGGAAUCGACUGUUCAUCCUCUCCCAAGUUUGUUCCGGUUGCUUGGCCUAACUCCUUUUAAGCGAGCAGAAUUUACUCCUGAUGAUUUAUGUACAAGAAAACGACCCUUGGAGUCAAAGGAUGUUUCUGGCCUUCCUGCCCCAUUAUUUCCUGUCAACAAGUUGCAGAAUCAAUCUCAAAGUGGAAGUGAGGAUCCCAUCUCUGAUUCUGAUCUUGAAAAUAUUGUUGGUGUUGGGCACAACUCUGAAUUAGAGGAAAUGGAUCCUCCUAGCACCCUGCAGUGCGAAUUGCGCCCUUAUCAAAAGCAGGCCCUCCACUGGAUGUUCCAGUUGGAGAAGAGACAUUCCAUGGAUGAGGCAGAACCAACACUUCACCCUUGUUGGGAGGCAUAUCGCCUAGCAGAUGAGAGGGACCUUGUUGUCUACUUGAAUGCAUUCACCGGUGAUGCUUCAAUAGAAUUCCCAAGCACAAUGCAAUUGGCUAGAGGAGGGAUUCUGGCAGAUGCUAUGGGCCUUGGAAAGACAGUUAUGACAAUAGCUCUUCUACUCACUCAAUCAAAAAGAGGUGGGCUACCAAAUAGUCAAUCCAUGCAUGUGCCUCCUAAUGGAAAUGAAGCCAAUUGUCUUUCAGAUCAAUCACCUAGCAUCCCUGAAAGAACAACAAAAAUUUCGGGCCUUAAUAAGUUUUUGAGGCAAAAGAAUGAGCUUCUGGAUGGUGGCAAUCUGAUUAUAUGUCCCAUGACUCUUCUUGGCCAGUGGAAGGAAGAGAUUGAAACUCAUGUGCAACCUGAGUCUUUGUCCUUAUGUGUUCAUUAUGGCCAGGAUAGACUUAAGGAUGCCAAGAAUCUUGCUCAAUAUGAUGUUGUAAUCACCACAUAUGGAGUCCUUGCUUCAGAAUUUUCAGCUGAGAAUUCUGAAGGCAACUCAGGACUUUAUUCGAUUCGGUGGUUGAGGGUUGUUCUCGAUGAGGCACAUACUAUAAAGUCCUCUAAAAGUCAACUUUCCAGGGCUGCUACUGCAUUAGUUGCUGAUUGCCGCUGGUGUCUGACAGGAACUCCUAUCCAGAACAAUCUGGAGGACAUAUACAGUCUUCUCCGGUUUUUAAGGGUUGAACCUUGGGGAAAUUGGGCAUGGUGGUAUAAACUUAUCCAAAAGCCUUUUGAGGGAGGUGAUGAGAGAGGGCUAAGGUUGGUUCAGUCCAUCCUUAAGCCAAUCAUGUUGAGGAGGACAAAGUCUAGCACAGAUCGAGGAGGCAGGCCAAUUCUAGUUCUUCCUCCUGUUGAUAGUCAGGUGAUUUAUUGUGAACUCAGUGAAUUUGAAAAAGACUUCUAUGAGGCCUUGUUUAAAAAAUCUAAGGUAAAAUUUGAUAAAUUUGUUGAACAAGGACGGGUUCUUCAUAAUUAUGCUAGUAUAUUGGAGUUACUUCUCCGUCUUCGUCAAUGUUGUGAUCAUCCAUUCCUUGUGAUGAGUCGAGGUGAUACCCAAGAGUAUUCUGAUCUGAAUAAGCUGGCUAGACGUUUUCUUAAGGGCAGACCGAAUGGCAAUGAAGAGGAAGCCAAUGAUGCACCUUCAAGGGCAUAUGUUCAACAGGUUGUUGAAGAGCUGAGCAAGGGGCAAGAAGGAGAGUGUCCAAUAUGUCUUGAAGCAUUUGAAGAUGCUGUAUUUACACCAUGUGCUCACCGUUUAUGCCGAGAGUGUCUAUUAGCAACUUGGCGAAAUGCAACUUUGGGUCUUUGUCCUGUAUGUAGGAAGACUAUUAGCAAGCAAGAUCUUAUUACAGCCCCAACCGAGAGUCGAUUCCAUGUUGAUGUUCAAAAAAAUUGGGUGGAAUCAUCCAAAGUAACAGUUUUAAUGCAAGAACUUGAAAGUCUUCGAUCAUCCGGCUCUAAGAGCAUCCUCUUUAGCCAGUGGACUGCAUUUUUGGACCUCUUGCAGAUUCCUCUGUCUCGGAAUAAUAUUCCAUUUCUUCGUCUGGAUGGGACUUUAAGUCAGAAGCAACGUGAGAAUGUAAUAAGACAGUUUUCAGAAGAUAGCAACAUCCUGGUGUUGCUGAUGUCACUCAAGGCAGGUGGGGUUGGAAUCAAUCUAACAGCAGCUUCCAAUGCUUUUGUCUUGGAUCCAUGGUGGAAUCCAGCUGUAGAAGAACAAGCUGUUAUGCGCAUUCAUCGUAUCGGGCAGACUAAUAGGGUGACUAUUAAACGGUUCAUUGUAAAGGGAUCUGUUGAAGAGAGAAUGGAAGCUGUUCAAGCACGUAAACAGAGGAUGAUUGCAGGGGCCUUGACUGAUCAAGAAGUUCGAACAGCACGUAUUGAGGAACUGAAAAUGCUUUUUACUUGAUGAGAUUGGUUCUGUGAAAGAAAGAAGGGAAGCAGUGCAAGCACGUAAACAAAAGGAUGGUUGCAGGUGCCUCAGCUGAUCAAGAAGUUCAAACAGCAAGUAUUGAGGAACUGAAAAUGCUUUUACUUAAGACAAUCAGAGAAACUGUGGAGAUGCAGUAGAUGAUUGGUUAUUGGCUACAGGUUUUGCUGGAUAAUCUGGAGAGCGGGGAUGCAGUAGGUUUCAGUUCUUUGGGUAUCCAUUUUGAUCAGGACUGGGCAAAUCUCAGCAUUGAACUGAAGAACCUAUUUUACAUAGCAGAGAGGGCAUCUAACAUGUUCGGCUUUGUCAAAACUAAUUUUAUAUCAGAUCCAUGUACUAUAUAAUUACGAUAGGACAUAGUGUACUGAUUUAGUCUAACCCACUGUAUUUAUUUUCCAUAUCAAUUUAAUGGUACUGUAAGUUAACAAGACCCUGUGUUGCCGUCCUGAUUUGCAUAAUUU